AUGUCAAAGCCGGCAGAGUUACAGUUGGCAGAGCCACCAGAAUGGGCACGUCCCUGGCUUUCUGGUGUUCUGCCCACAGGAGGCGUAGGACAACUUUCAGAUGGAAGUCUCAAUCUACCACCUCGAAAUACUUUGCUUCCUCCACCAAAUGACCCCCCGAGCUCAACAUUCUCACCCUCAUAUUAUUCAGCGGACUCGGAAAGCACUGGGAUUUUCAAAAUAUGCUCAGAGAAACGGCUUGUCAUCACGCCGGGCCGUGAGCGGACCGUCAACAGAUCCCUGAGAGGCAUUCAUCUAUUUAUGAUCACAGUCAAUGCGACACUCGGUACAGGUCUCUACUGGCGCGGUGGUCAGAUUCUUGAACUCGGUGGACCUUUGACAGUACUUUUAUCGUUCAUCUUCAUCGGAAUCUUGACAUGGGCCGUCAUGCAAUGUAUCACUGAAAUGCUGUGCAUUUGGCCGAUACCUGGUGCACUGUCAGUAUAUGUCAGUCAGUUUGUCGACGAAGAACUGGGAAUCGCGGUUGGUGUUACAUACUGGUUUGUCUAUUCGAUGUCUUUUUCCACACUGGUGGCAACCUCGGCUGCGGAGUUCAACUUUUGGUCUUACAUCCAUGAAAGACCGCUUAUACAGGGCUUGAUUAUAUAUCUACUAAUCCCAUUGGUACUCGUCUGCAUCAAUACCGUAAGAAUCGAGAUUUAUGGUUGGUUGGAAGUGGCGACAGGCAGCAUAAAAAUUAUAUUUCUUGGUGUCAUUAUUGUGAUACUGGUUGCGAUUAAUCGUGGAGCUGGCCCAGGUACUGCCCCCCUGGGCGUCAAGUAUUGGGCUUCGCCUAUCGAUUUUGAUAAACGGGCGGCCAAUGACUGGGGCGUUGCUUUACUUAUGGGCAUUUCGAUAGCAACAUUUGCCUAUACCGGAGUUGAAGUCAUCGCUGCUUCUGCCCUAGAGGCAAAAUGGCCACAUCGCGAAGACGAACAAUCGAAGACCUCGGAAAGCUUUCGACGGUCUAACGACGCCCACAUCGGUAAAUCAUUUAAGUUUCCCGCUAUAUUUAUUCCGGUACUUGCUAUGGUUGGAUAUACCGUCAGCGGACUGCUCGCAACGUUGAAUAUAGAGCGGAAAAGUUGCGAUCUUCCUCGGCUCAGUUGGCUUCCACCGGAUGCGUGCAAGCCCUCGAACAAAGCUGCGUUCGUUGCAAUUGCUGCAAGUUCACAUAUUCCGCAUCUAGCAGACGUGUUCAAUGGUUUCCUUGUGUUUACGUGUCUCUCGUGUGCUGGUACUAAUCUGUACAUCGCCUCGCGAACCUUGUUUGGCAUAACAAGUCGUUUGGAUGGGGGCGAAGGGCAGAGAUGGUACCUGCGCGUCUUUGCAUGGUUUGGUAAAACAGAUAGACGACAGGUUCCCCGGCGAGCCAUGAUAUUCUCGGCGGUUGCGUUCUGGUGGGUGCCGUUCCUGCAGCUGAUCCGCGGAAAUAGCAACACUCAACCCUCUGGGAAUAACCCAGUUGAUACCCGAGUCUCCGUGGAUAAGUUUGUGGAGAUACUAAGCCAAAUGUCAUACUCUGCAGUUUUGAUCGUCUGGGCAUGCGAGUGUCUGGCAUUCAUUCGCUUCUACCAAUGUAUCUCUCAGCAUCGUGAACAUCUCAAACGUGAAAAUGUCCCUCACGUCCAGCGCUGGAACGAAGACGAUCAUGAUGACUAUCCAUACCGCAGCCAUAGUCAGCCACUGACGGCAUAUCUAGCCUUGCUGGGCUGUAUUUUUGUCUCAUUGGUCGCUAAUGGUGCUGCGUUGUGGAAUGGGUUCCAUCUUUUACCAUUCUUAGCAUCGUAUCUAUCGGUUUUUGUCUUCGUGGGCCUAUGGGUACUGUUGAAGAUUAUGCGGGGCGCAAAAUGGUCUUGGGUUGAUCUCUCACAGCCUGACAAAGUCGCCAGGAUGUUCAGACAUCUACAUGAUAUUCGCCUGAGUGUGACACAGUCCUAG